CUGUAUUGAUUAUUUAUUUAAAGAAAAUACUUUUGCUGAUUUCAAACUUAAAUAACAAAUGAAUACUUUUUCUGAACUAGAAAUAACAAAAUUACUUGAUGAAAAUGGUACAUUUGAAGAUGCGGAAGUGUAUAAUCUGAUAAAAACACUUCUUAAAAAAAAAACAGCAUACGGUGUUUGUCGAAUUCGCAGUGGAAUAUAUAUCGGCUCUGGUUUUCAUUAUGAUAUUGGUUGGAUUGUAACUACUUCUGACGUAUUACCCAAUGAGAAUGAUAUUUUUGGGGCGGGCAUAGAGUUUACAUCUCCAAGCAAUACCGAACCCCUCACAUAUGGUCCUCCUGAAAUUGCUUUCCGUUAUCGUACCGUUCCAGAUGACCAUGAACUAAAGAAAAAUUAUCCAGAUUUAUUGAUCAUGAAAAUGGAGACUAAAAGAGAGCCAACAAUUGGCUCUCAUUUUCAUACAAAUAGAAUGGAAAUUGAUAGAGCAGUACGCAUAAACAACGGUUCAGGCGAAUAUGUGCAGUCAAUUAAUUUCGGCGAGGAAAUUGCCGUUGGAAGUAAAAUACAUUUAAUCCAUUUCGGCGAGGAAUUUCACAGUGAUAUGAAACAACAUAAGCAGUAUACAUUUAAUCAAAAUAUCACGGAAAUUUUUGAGAUAAAUUCAAGUAAAAUCAUCAAAUAUCAAGGUACCACCAAAAAAAUUACUCCAGGAUCUCCAGUAUAUGAUACUAAAGGGUAUUCUAUUGGUAUAACAAUUCGUACGGAUGAGAAUGGUAUUUCUUAUGCAAUUCAUUGGGACACAGUCAAGAAAUUUAUUCUAACAGCAAACGGAUUGAAUGCCAAAAUAAACAAAUUAAACGAUCACCUUUUUGUUGCAAAGAAUGUCGAACUUGAUGGAAUUGAAACUCAACGCGUAGAUCUUAGAAAGCGUCUUAGAGAGCGUCUACGAGAAAUAGAAGGUGAUAGUCAGAUUGAUAUUAUGACAUGUAAAUCGUUGUGAUAAUAUUUAUAUGUAUAUCCUUCUCUUUAAUCUUAUUGAUCUUAUUAAAUAUAAAUAAAAAAUUUUGUAACUUUAAUCAUGAGCUAAUAAAAGUUGAAAAGACCUGAACUGAAAAAUUAUCGCAGAAAAUCAUAAUAUUUAUUUCCAAUCCAUUAGUUAUAACUAAAGUAAUUAAAGUGUAUUACAACUCUGAAAAUUGCGC